AUGGCGUCUACAUCGUCGACUCCCGCAGCUGAAGACAGCCAGUCUUCACCUGAUGUAAAGGUUACUUACGUGAUCUAUCCCAAAGAUGGAACUAACAAGGCCGAUGUUGAGACCGUCGAAAACUACCUUAAGUUCUAUUCUGAGGAGUCAAGCUUCUACACAUCCCAAACGAAGACCGUAGGAGUUAACUUCUGGCUUGCGAAGCUCUCCCAUCGCCAUGCGCAAUUGCUCACUACGGCACUCGCGAAAGAAACUCACUCGAUUUAUCCGCAGCUUUUCGGAAGGGCUUCCAACGUUAUCAGUCAACACCCCGACCCUACCACGGCAAUCCACUAUCAAGACUACCCCUUUAUAAAGGAGGCUCCCAUCGACCAUCUUGCGUUUGUCUGCCAGGAAGAAGGAAGGUCUCUAAAAGACUAUCGAAACAGAUACUACUUUGACGACUCCGAACCCCUCCCUGGACGUGGUGUACCGGUUUAUGUUGUAGACACGGGCGCAAACCUAGAUCACAAGGAGUUUCGCCGUAUUCGCCAAGACGUCGAAUGGAUCCACAUUGGUGAGGAUAUCAACGCCGAGGAGAACGCCGAAGAUGAUUCGGGUAUGGAUCCUCUUCAAUUAUGCACCGAGGGUAAAUCACAUGGGACAGCUAUGCUUAGUUUGGUUACCGGAGAACGCUUAGGAGUCUCAAAGGCUGUGAAGCCUUACCUUGUCCGAGUUCCUCGUUGUAGGGUACCUACAGUAACCAGUGGGAACGCAUCCAGUGGUGCCACGCUGGAACAUUGGCUCGAGGCUGUUAGCAAGGUCUGCGAUCACCUAACGGAAACUAGCGCUGAGACCAAAGCAAUCAUGUUGAUGGCCUUUCAAGUUGAGCGAAAAGCAUUAGUGAGACAUGGUGUAGACCACGCGAAAGGGUUCGAUUGUCGAAUAUUUUUCCUUCUCCAAAACUUGGUCAGCAUGGGUGUCUUACCCAUUACUGGCGCGGGAAACAACACUCAGAUGGGGAACAAAAUUGAUGGCCUCCCCGCUAACUUUGGUCGAACUAACUACGAGCGACAAAUUCCCGAGCUUCUCGUCGUGGGAGGUAUACACACAACUGAGUUCAAUCUAGUCGCUCAAACCGACUUUGACCGUGGUCUUCCUCAUAUAUUCGCGCCGGCUUUCGGCUUACGUGUUGCGAAUGGUAACUAUGCACAAUGGGCUAGAAGGGAUGGUAAAGAUGGCGAGUACCGUGGGACAAAAGGAAGCUCAUGCGCUGCUGCGAUCACGGCCGGCCUCGCCGCCUAUUUCUGGCGGCUCGUACAGAUUGGCAGCUUGGGGCUCGCCGACAAGAGUCCGUUGGGUUUGAAGAAUUACAUUAUAUCCGAUGAGCUCAAGUGGUCGAGAUGCUCUGACGUCCACGGAAGAGAACUUCCUGCUAUCUGGAACGGCGCCAUCAUGCCUACAUUGUCUGAACACGUACAAGCACAGUUACCACCUCCAGGCCUAUGA